UUCGAGGCACGACUUACAGUAGUCCGAGUGCAAAGACUAAGUUAAUCUUUUAGUCCGUUGCCAGGUAGAAUAACGACCGCCUUGAAUCAUGUUUGUUGUUAGAUUGAUUUUAUUAAACAAAUUCUACUUAACCCUCUAGUGCCCAGUGCCGCCUUUAGACGGGCUUCAGUAAAAGCUUUACCAAAGUCCGUCUAAAAAUUAACUUGGGCACUAAAGGGUUGAACCUAAUCUACUGGAACCUCGGAGAGAAACAAAUCUCUCUUUCAUUUUUCUCCAGUUUUUUGUUUCUUAGUUUUGUCCCUGUCUCCCGUAGUUAUCAAGAAAGGACAACUUCAUAGUUACUUUUUUGUUGUUGUUGCCUACUUUCUUCACUGCCGUGCGGCAGUUGAAGUUUUUCCCACAGGGAACAAGGUGUCUAGUAACAGCACUUUUUCCCGGCGAAGAAAUUUUCGGAAAAUGUACCAUUUCAGACUAUGCAACAGAAAGCUGCAUGAAUGUCUGUCUAUCGGUGGGAAUGCAAUUUUGCCAUAAUACCUGGUUCUGGUAGUGGAGUUGCUGAGCGAUUGAGCUGGGAUUUUGCAGGGGGACUUUUUUCGAGAAGACAAAAAUUUUGAGACCUAUCGCUAAACGACAUUCCUAAAGUCAAGGUGCGCAAAAACUUAUUUCCCUUCACCCUGCAGUAUAAAUAAAACUGUUUUGUGUCCCUUCAAGGCAAUUCUCGUAGACGAACAUAACCAGUCACAAAACAUUGAAAAAAUGUUGGUUUUGUCCUGUUUUACGGUACUUAUUGGUUUCAAAACUUACUAAAAACAUUUAUUCGGAACAUUAUACACCCUAAGAAUAAUUGUUGUAAUUUAAUUUUAAUUUACGUUAUAUCGAAUCACGUUAUAUCGAGGUUGCCUUAUAUCGAGGUAUGACUGUAGUAGGAAAACACUUGAUUGUUUACGUUGUUCUCUCCUAUUUUGUUUGUUUGAAUGUUUGUGAAAAUUUUAAAACCAGCGUGUCAGAAUCAUUAAAAAUUAUAGUUUCAUACAAACAGUAACACCUAAACUACGAAAUAGUAUUAAAAUAGCCAUUGCAAAAAUAACGAAACAAAUGUAGUGAGAACGUGCAGGUUAACAUGCGCUAUCAAUGUUACCAGCGCCAUUGAAGUUAGCAACGUUAACAAAAUGCCAACUUUGAUUCUACUGUAAAUACCCGUAGACAUUCUGACACUUAUUUUAAACGAUAAAAUACAUAAUAUAAAUCGAUACUGUUAUUAAAAAGUACAUUUUUAUAAUGUUAAGAACUAUCAUAUCUCGUUGAUCCUAUAUCGGGUUACUACUUCUCAGGCUAUAAAUUUUGUAAUUCAUGUGAACUCGCAAAACAAUAUUUUGAUAGUAUCGGUUGAGUGGAAAAAUUUGAACCAGGUUGGAGAUGACAAAGUGGGAUUUUAUAAAACUUGUUUUUUUCUUUCAUGCCAAAUUAUACUACAUUACAACUAGCUAUUAAUAAACAUGGCACCAAGUGGGAAAAUAAAGCUACGCAAGUUGUCUCCCCAUCAGAAUCUAUAUGUACAUACAAACAAACAACAUCUAGCCUGCCUGUUGAUGCAUAGAUGUUAUAGGGGGACAAGAGGCAAGAUGAGCACCUUAAGCUUCUUAUCAAAUUGUUAGGGCAAAGUGAGCAAAAAGCUACUGAAUACAUUUUUACUACAUAGAGUAAGAAUAAUACUCAAGAGUUGCUACAUUGGAAACUAAAGAAAAAGGUUAUUUAAAUAUUUAUAAAUAAUUUCCUAAGCCACUAAAAAGUAUGAGGCUGGUCGCGGUACGGGGUAGAUUUGGCAUACCUAUGGGGCAUAAUGGGCAUGUUCAUAUUUUUCGAUUUCAAGCAAACAUUACACAAUGUAUCAAUGUAACGUACAAUCGUAGGUACCGAAACAAAGUUUUCCUUUCCUGUUUCACUAUUUAUACUCCAAAACAGCAUAAUUUUUUAGCCUUUUUCAAUUUGAAAAUUAUCUAUGAAUUUGCCCGCAUAUAAAAAUAAGGUUUUGAUCCAUAAAACACUACUGUGCGGAUAAAGGAAUAAUAAAACAUGACAAAAUUUAAAUUUAGGUAACUUUAUUUUAAUGAUUGUCAACAAACGAAUCUGUUCGACGCAGCCUCAAAUGUCGGCUUAACGUUUGCCGUGGAAUGCCGUGUGCAAUAGCCGCUCGGUUCAUUGACAUUCGAUGAGAAAUAACCGCGUCUAUAGCAGUGGCCAAUGAUGACUGUGACCAUUUUUUGCGCCCUGACAACCGUUUCUAAUUCCGAACCAUUUUACUAUUAACUGCUGCUAGCACGAUGUUUACUUUUUUGACAGCACUUUCUGGUUUGUAGGUUAUGUUUUCGUGCAUAGGUAUGGCAAUUUUGCCCCUACCAGCACUGCCCAAUCUACCCCAUGAGAAACACUUAUGAAAAAGAGCUGUUUUUAGAUGAUGUUUUAUUUGAAAACACUGCAUUAUUUAUUGAAACUGUUUGAAUAUCAAUAACGAUUACCGAAAAUAAACUUUCGAGCCCAAAACGACAUAUACGCAUGCAAAAACCCUUAUUUUUCGCGCUUGUGAGCUAUAAUAUUAUACGCAAGACGUGCAUGAAUGAUACAAUUGUUUAUUGUGUAAAAGCGAAUUUGUUUUUUCCAGUUAUUUUGAAUAAAAUUACAUCUUCAAAUUAAUGUUAAUGAUUCAAAUUUAUAACAGUUCCAAAAUUACUGCCAGAAACCUAGAAACAACAUAUGCCCAUUCUGCCCCAUAUGGCCAUCUUGCUCCUUGUUCCCCUAUACAUUUUCUGUUAAGUUCUCAGAUUACUGAUACAAAAACCGGGUUAUUGAAAGGAAAGAAAAAGCAAAGCGGACUGUGUCACAUUUCUGAUUACUCAUGCUGAGACGAUGUUUUCAUACAAAUUUUGCAGAAUCGAGUUGGAAUAAAGUUGGUAAAUGCUUCGUGAAAUAACUGUGACUUUCUGUCCCAAAAAUGCUUACCCAGCAGUAGCACCGAAAAUAAACACACUUUCUGUUACUUUUAUAUUCCAAUUAUUACGCACUAGUGCGUAGUUUUAACCCCUCAUUUAAUAAUGGAUUAAUCAUCUUUGGCUUAUCAAUAAGUGCGACACAAUGCAUUACAACAAACAUUGCAUAACAGUAAUCAUAGGAACCACAAUUCUCUCUCUUUUUUGAGAGAUAAUGAUCGUACACACCCACCAUCAGCUAGGUAAAACGAGAACGUGCUAUAAAUGUUGCAUACCCGAUACGCCAGUAGAAGCGCAAUAAAAACAUCUGUGUUUUCCCCACAUCGAAGUGUGAAUCAACGUUUCUCAUGCCGCUUUUGGAUAGCUUGAAGAAAUUUGCAUAUCUGGCAAAAUCUCACCCCAACAGACGGUACUUCGGUAGCCAAAUGAAUAUUAUUAAAGAAUAGCAUACGAUUUCCAGACAAGAAUGAUAACAUCGCCACAUAGCUUGCCUGUGUUCGGCGAAUAUUUGCAGUAUGCAUUACUACAGGUCCCAAAAAAAUACAGUUUGCAAAGUUCCUAACUAAAUAUAAAAAAUAAGAAGAUAAGAUUAGCGUGAGGGUAAUAUAUAAAUUCGCCAGCUAAAUUCGGCAAUCAGUCAAACAUCGACUAUCGCUUAGAACCAUUUUCAACGAACAUUCCAAAAAACACGCGACAAUGAAUACCAGUGCAGUGAGAAUUCUGUUGCAAAGAACACUAGUGCAAAAUGUUACAAAAGUGAACAGAUACAGUGUCCUAGCGAAGCAGCUUCCGGCUGUUAGCAAUGUAGCCGGGACCGGCUUGCGGUACUGCUCGGCCGGUAAGAACCGAUACGACAAAAAUUGCGUCGACAAGAGCCUUCAUGCCACGUACGAUGAGAUUGCUAAUCUACAUAAUCACCCCGAGAAACUGCUGAUCGAUGUUCGCGAUGCUGCGGAAAUCGCUGCCACCGGGUCCAUUCCGACCAUCACAUGCAUUACCGACCAGCUUAAACUAAGUUCGGAUGCUUUUAAGGCCUUGUACGGCUGCAAGAAGCCGACCACCAACGAUGCGCUGAUAUUCACAUGCUGCGUGGGUACUCGCUCUGGCAUAGCAGCCUUUUUGGCGGAUAAGCUGGGAUAUAAGAAUGUUAAAAAUUAUGUCGGAUCCUGGCAAGAGUAUGCCCAGAAAAACAACCUGACCCCUGGACCGGCUAAAAUUUAACCAGAAUUCGAUUUCAGCUUUGCCGCUUUAUUCUAGAUGCGUAUUACAUACAAUAAAAUCAUGUAAUCUACUACAAGUUA